UAUUCAAUAGGGUGACACUUUUCACAACAGCUGUUUUAGCGGCCUGGCUGUUAUUUAACUUCGGCAAAAUACAACAAUUUUAGAAAUAGUCAACAAAACGUAAAAUAUUAAAUAAACUUUAAAGAUGAGGCACGUUCAAUUUCUAGCCCGCACUGUGAUGGUGCAAAACAAUAACAUAGAGGAGGCGUGUCGGGUGCUCAAUCGUAUUCUGGGCAAAGAAGAAAUAUUUGACCAAUUUCGGCGCACGCGUUUCUAUGAGAAGCCCUACCAGGUGCGCCGUCGCGUCAAUUUUGAAAAGUGCAAAGCCAUUUAUAACGAGGACAUGAACCGCAAGAUUCAAUUUGUACUCAGGAAAAAUCGUGUGGAUCCCUUUCCCGGCUGCAGUUAAAUCAUAAUUUAUUGUGUAUUGGCUGUUAACUGUGUUAACUUCGUUAAAAAUAUUAAUAAAUUGAAACAUAAGAUAAGAAA